UGGCCAUCACAACAGGCACGAUUCUUCCUCCGACUUCCCCUUCCCGGCCCAGCUUGCCAGUCGCCCCCUCCCCCGCGUCUCCCUUCACACUUCUCUCUCUCCCCGCAUCUCUGAACCCACCAGAUACAGAUUUGUACUGUACACAGCGGAAUAGCAGAGGAAAGGAAGCUGAGAGAGCAGAGAGUAUGAUGGCUCAAUAGUCAGAGAAGAAAGGGUUGGGCUGCAGGGGAAGGGGGGACACCCAAGAUCGCAAAGGCAAAGCGGCGGCCAUGGAAGUGGAGCCACCACCGGCUGCCGUGGCAGCCGCGCUUCUGAAAUGCCGUGGUGACGGUGGAGGUGGUAAGGUCUCGAGGAGCUCGACCCGCGAGGCCACCGCGGGGCAGCCGCAAGAACCGGACAGCGCCGACGCCGGCACCACCCCCGGGACAGCCCGUCGCCGCGUGGAGGAGGAGGAGGAGCCGCUGCGGCGGGGGCUCGCGGCGGCGCGGGCGAGGGCGCGGCGGAAGGCGGGGCACGCCACGCCGUCGCCGUCCUGGAAGCUGGAGGCGUCGCCGCCGCGGCCAGAGGAGGAAACGCCAGCCGAGGCGGAGGCGGGGAGGAGGGGCGCGCCGGCCGUGUUGGCGUCGGCGCGGCAGCUGGGCGCCACCCUAUGGGAGAUCCAGGACGUUAUCCGGGUCGCCGGCGCUGGGCGCCGGAUCCGUCGCCGCGGCCGUAGGGCGCCCGCCGGCGACGAGGCGGGUGCGGGUGCGGAUGCGGAUCGGCCACGGAGUUCAGGUGGCUGUGGAGCGCAUCUUGCAGCUUCGUUGAUGGAACAUGACGAGUUACACAAAGAAAGAUGUCACUCAAGACAGCCUCUUUCUCCUGCUAGUUACACUAGCUCAGUUGGGGCAGGAACAAUAAACCUUGUCAGCCCAACUCGGUCAUUGGAUUUCAAUGCUAGAUCUAGGCAGGCAAGUUAUGAUCUUAAAACGUCAACAGAGCUAUUGAAAGUUCUCAAUCGAAUUUGGAGCUUGGAAGAACAGCAUGCAGCUGAUGUGUCAGUAAUGAAGGGAUUGAAACGAGAAUUGCAGCAUGCCCAGGCAUGCAUUCAAGAACUCAUGCAAGAGAGGCAGCGGUAUCACCACGAAAUUGAUUCUCUAUCCAGGCAAGUCACUGAAGACAAAAUGGCUCGGAGAAACAAGGAGCAAGAGAAGAUCAGAGCAGCCUUUCGUUCACUGCAAGAGGAGCUUGAAGAUGAGAGACGUCUUAGGAAACAUUCUGAAACUCUCCAUAGGAAGCUAGGGAAAGAGAUAUCUGAGAUGAAGUCAGCAUUUUGCAAGGCUGUGAAGACUCUGGAGAAAGAGAAGAAGGCAACCUGCCUGUUGGAAGAUCUUUGUGAUGAGUUUGCAAAAGGAAUUAGAAACUACGAGGAGGAAGUCAGGGUGUUAAAGCAAAAGCAUGUAAAGGAGUAUGAGCACAAGUUUGAUAAGUCAGUAGUUCAUAUUUCAGAAGCAUGGCUUGAUGAGCGGAUGCAGAUGCAGAAAGCUGAUGUGAGGGAAGAUUUGCCCGCAAAAACCUCAAUAACAGAGCGGCUGAGCAGUGAGAUAGAGAGUUUUCUUCAUCGUACUAAAAGAUCAGGUAGCUCCAAGAAUGAUAAGUUAGACAUUGGUAAUGAAAAGCGAAAUGCAAGUUUGUGCCGGCAGUCCCUUGAGUCUGUGCACCUGAAUGGAGCCACUAGUGCUCCUCAGUUAGCUGAAGAUGAUGACAGUUCUGUUGCCAGUGACUUGCAUUGCUUUGAACUGAACAUGCAUGGAGGUGCCAUUAAGAAUCAUGACCUUGCAGGAACUCAACGGAGGGUCACAGGCUGCAUGCAUUCACAAAUGAGAAGACUGGAAUAUUCCAAUGGUGUAUCUGUUGAAGGUUCACCCAUGUCAAAUGCACCACCUUGCUCAAAGAAUGAAAAGGCGAGGUCUAGCAUUGGCAGACAACAAUUUAUUGCUUCUACACCAGAAAUUAGCUCACACAAUGAUGCCAGCAUUGCUCCUAUAGAUGCCAUUAAGAAUCAUGACCUUGCAGGAACUCGACGGAGGGUCACAGGCUGCAUGCAUUCACCAAUGAGAAGACUGGAAUAUUCCAAUGGUGUAUCUGUUGAAGGUUCACCGAUGUCAAAUGCACCGCCUUGCUCAAAGAAAGAAAAGGCGAGGUCUAGCAUCGGCAGACAACAAUUUAUUGCUUCUACACCAGAAAUUAGCUCACACAAUGAUGCCGGCAUUGCUCCUACAGAUGAGCAGAAUGAAACUGUUAUGGCCCAAGUCUCCCGACGAUUACAUGAUGACCUGCUGAAGAUCAAAAUAGAGGCCCCUCAACAUGCAUAUCUAGGGCAAAAAUCAAACCACCCCCGGACAAAUCAAUUGCGUGAAUAUACUAUCUCACGGGAUAUUUGUGAUGUGGGCAGUCCAGCACGGCAGCUGAAUAACCAAGGUAAAUUGUUGGACCGUGAAAUAUCUGAAUCCCCGGCACAUCAGCUGCUAGGCACAAAGGAGAAUACCCUGAAGGCAAAACUACUGCAAGCAAGGUUAGAGGGGCAGCAUGCUCGAAUGAGCGCAUCAGUAUACCCCUUGAUCAGCACAAGAAAGAAAUGAGAACGCAGCUGACGCUCUUGAGCUCCCAGGUUUUCAUUCCAUGCAACAUGUAGUUGCAACUGUAAGAUAUAUCUGACUUAAUAACUGAAUAUUCACUUGGGGCAACGCUUUCCAAGUGUUCCUGCACGCCCCCAAGUUGCAGGUUACGGGAAUCCUAGCUCUAUCUGCAUAUGAAACAUAGUUUCAUUGUAGAUUUGAUCUGUUAAUCGUCUGACUAGAAUCGAAUGGAGGUGGACUUGGUAAUCACAUCUUGUAACUUUUGUAUAGUGUUAAGCUCUAGUAAUUGCUUGCUUUUGCCAUGACCAA